AUGUCUCGAUAUCUUCUCCUCAUCGCCAUUUUCGCUAUCGUUCUUUGUAACGCAUCAACCAUUUCCAACCACUGGGGCUCACAUAAUUGUGACGGUUCCUACCACCGCUGCUAUAACCGCCGAGCAGGGCAGUGUUAUGAAAACAGCUCGACCUUCCGCUCCGCCAAGUUUGCCGGUUUGCCUAAAGGCCCGAAGAAUUGUGUUACAAGCGACGAAGAUCCCCACAUUUACUGCGGAGCAGGGCAGAAGGCCAUCAUAACACAGAAACGUACGACUUGUUUGACCGGUAACGGAUUCGCUUGGUCGAUCGUGUCUAUCUUUUUCGACUGCGACUACGUCCGUCAGCGCAUGUGCCUCUCCAAUCACGGUCUUGAAGGCAACGGUGAAGCUAUGCCUGAUAGAGACACGAAGCUGCCUGGAUUUAAGUGUAGCUCUUCACAUAAGCCCGACGUCGUUGGAGCUCACGGAUACGAGUUCUUCGUAUAA